AUGGGUACUAAUUCGAAUUCCGCUGCUCAAAUGGGUAAUUCUUCUGACUUUGUUUUUCCAUUCACCAACAUCUCUAAUUUUGUGUCUACAAAAUUAGGACCAAAUAAUUUCUUGUUAUGGAGAGAUCAGAUGGAAACUAUCUUGAUUUCCACUGAUUUGUAUGGUUAUGUAAAUGGUGAGAUUCAAGAACCUGCUAGACAGGCAACUUUUACAGAUUCUGUUUCUGGUGAUGUUUUAGGAUUGUCCUCUGCUAGGCAAAUUUGGGAAUUACUUGAAAUAAACUUUAGAAUCCAAUUCAUGGCAAGAAAGAAUAUGCUUAGAAAUCAACUUCAUAAUUUCAAGAAAGGCAACUUAACUAUCUUGGUCUACUUACACAAUGUCAAGAAUAUUGCUGAUUCUCUAGCAGCAAUUGGAGAAAAAGUUAGUGAUAUAGACUUAGUUAUGUAUGUCUUGAAUGGUCUAGGAAGAGAAUUUGACACUUUUGUUAUAGCUGCUCAAAAUAGAGAGAAUCUUUUUUCCUUUACGGAACUAAAACCAAGACUGUUAAAUCAUGAGCAAUGGCUUCUUGAACAGCAAACUACUUCUAAUAAUAUUUAUGAUACUCAUCACCAAUAUGCUUUCUAUAGCAAAAAUGGAAACACUAAUACUUUUAGUGGAAAUGGAAGAGGAAAGUCCAAGAAUAAUGGAAAUUUUAAUGGAAAUUUUAAGCCUAAUUCUGAUUAUAGUUCAAGAAAUACUGGGAAUGGUUAUUAUCAAGGCAGUACUUCAUCUCAGGGAAAUGGAUUUUAUCAAGGCAGUACUUCUUCACAGGGAAAUGGUUCUUCUAGUCAAGGUAAUGGAAUUGGUUCAAAUGGAGGAAGAAGAUAUUUCUCUUCAGUUGAUUGUCAGAUUUGUCGUAAAAAGGGACACUAUGCUAGCAAAUGUUAUUUUAGAUAUCAUCCACCCACUUUUUCAAAUUCAGCAAAUGAAGCUCAUCGUGCUAAUCCUCAACAGGCAUUUACUACUUUAAAUUAA